AAAUGGUAAGAAAUGUGGCUGCAAAAUGUUGUCAGAUACUCCGGAGAUACUUAUGCCCUCACCCCAGAUACUUUCACGCGGAAAAACCGACUCGGCGAGCUCGAGGAACGCCAGCGGAGGAGCUGGCAGCGGAUUGGGGGUCGGCAGGCAGGCGAGGAAAACCCCGGCACCGGCCUCCCUCGAGGAUUUCAUCAUCAAGCGGGACUACACGGGUGCCAGGGCAUUUCUGGAGUACACCAACGAUGACGAGGACGAGGAAGAAGGAGCCCAGGGACCCAAGCAGAGUCAGGUGGACCAAUGGAUUGCCUUUUGUAAUUUCCAUUUGGGCGACUAUCAACAGGCUCUGGCCCAAUACAGGACCAUCCAGCAGGGAUCGACGAAUUCCGAAGGCAAAGUGGAUCUCAAUGUGGCCGUCUGCAUGUUCUACUUGGGUUUGUACGAGGAGGCCCAACAACUGAUGGCCAAUGCGGCUGAGAGUCCGCUGAAGCAGCGACUCCUCUUCCAUUUGGCCCACAAACUUGGGCAUGAGGAGGAGUGGAGUCAACUGCAGGAGGAGCUGCUGGAUUCGCCGAGCCUGGAGCAACAACUCAGUCUGGCUUCGAUGCACUAUAUGCGGGCUCAUUACCAGGAGGCCAUCGAUGUGUACAAGCGGGUGCUGGUGGACAACAAGGACUACCAGGCCAUAAAUGUCUAUUUGGCGCUGUGUUUCUACAAACUGGACUAUUACGACAUGUCCCAGGAGGUGUUGGAUGUAUAUCUUAGUCAGCAUGGUGAUAGCACCAUUGCCAUAAACCUCAAGGCCUGCAAUCGCUUUCGUUUGUUCAACGGGCGCGUGGCCGAGCAGGAAAUCAAGAAUAUAGCCGAUAAUGGCACAUUUGGUGCGGAUCUUCUGCGUCACAACUUGGUUGUUUUCAGGAAUGGUGAAGGAGCCCUCCGUGUCCUGCCGGGACUACUCAAUAUCAUACCCGAGGCCCGCCUGAAUCUGGCCAUAUAUUAUCUAAAGCAGGGGGAUGUCCAGGAGGCCCAUGCUCUGAUGAAGGAACUGCAGCCCACAUCGCCGCAUGAGUACAUUCUCAAGGGAGUGGUUCAUGCUGCCCUGGGUCAGCAAUUGGGAUCGAAAGAGCACAUUAAAACAGCGCAGCAGAACCUCCAUUUGGUGGGUAGUUCGGCCACCGAAUGUGAUACCAUCCCGGGUCGUCAGAGCAUGGCCUCUGCCUUCUUCCUCUACGAACAAUUCGAGGAGGUGCUGGUGUACAUGAACUCCAUCCGCAGUUACUUUGUCAACGACGAUGUCUUCAACUAUAAUUUUGCCCAGGCCAAAUGCGCCACGGGAUAUUACAAGGAGGCCGAGGAGUUGCUUAUGCAGAUCAGCGAUAUGGAUAUAAAGAAUCAGCACACCUACUGCAUGAUCCUGGCCAAGUGUCACAUCCACUGCGGUCAUCCGGAGUUGGCCUGGAAUGUUUUUAUUACCAGGGACACGAAUGCAGAGGCCUUUAUCCUUCUGCAAUUGAUUGCCAACGAGUGCUACAGGUGUGCUGAGUUCUGGGUGGCAGCCAAGGCGUUUGAUAUGCUCGAAAAACUCGAUCCCAGUCCGGAGAACUGGGAGGGCAAACGGGGCGCCUGUGCCGGAGUUUUAUUCGCUAUGGCCACUAAGGCUCAAAGAGGUCGUCCUGGCGGAGGAAUCUCCGAGGUUAUCGGUAUUUUGCGAGACUCUUCAAACUCACAGGCAGAGGCCAUGAUCAAAACGAUUCGAAAGCAUAUAAAUAAUUUUAAAUAAAUUAUAAAGAACUUGUAAAUUAUUU